AUGUAAUCUGGAUAGCUCUUGAAUUUAUAAAGGCUAGAAAGAUAAUACUUAUAGACUCUUUCCUAAAAUGGAUGGGAAUCUCCUGUUGUGGUUAAUGCAGCUGUUGAAUUUGCUAAUACAUUAUUAAGAGAUGGAAGAUCAUUAAUUAAAUAAGGUAACAAUCCUUAAGCAGAAAUGUUUUUCAAUCGAGCUAAAGAAGUACAAAAAAUUAUAAUAAAAUAUAGAUCACAACUCCAAUUUCAAUUACUAGUGGAAUAUUUUAUACAGCAAAUUUUGUUCGUGCAAGAGGUAAUGCUAUAUUAUAGAUUGUAUAAUUGUAUGAAUAAUAAAAUCAAUACUAAAAAGCUUGGAUGAAUAUAAAAGAAGUAUUACCUUUUAUGGAGAAAUUUGCAUAUUCAAAAAGAAUAAAUAUUAACGAGGAUGAUAAAAAUGUUUUAAAAGUAUAUGUUUAAUUACUCUUUCAUGGAUGUGAAGUUUGUAGAAUGAUGCAUAGAAAAGAUGAUAUGUUAGAUCAAUGUAAUAAAUAUGUUGAAAUCUUACAUCGUUUGGGUAUCACAUUUGAAUCUUUAAGAAAUUUAACAAAAGAUGAAUUUCAUUAAGAAUAUAAAAAAUGGUUUUUAAUGUUGGCUAAGGCUUUCUAUUAUAUUGGUAAAUCAUAAUUUAAAGUUGGAUUUGAAAGGGAAUCUCUUAGUAAUCUAUAUAAAUCUUAGUAAAUAUUUGAAAUAAUCUAUGGAAUGGAUGCACCUGCUACAAUUAAAGCAAAAGAUAAAUAUGAGAAAUUAAGUUAGAAAAUGGAAUUUGAUAUGAUAAUGGCUAAAGAGAAAGUAGACUUUUAAUAAUUUAAGGAAGAUCUUCAAAAAGAUGUUGGAUAAGAAUUGCUUAAAAAAGUAGUAACACUUAAACCAAAUAAAACAUUUAAUGUAUGCUUAUUUCUGUUAUUUCAAGCAUCAUAUCAUUUAAUAAGUUAAAUCAUAUCAACAAAUCGUGGGACAAUUAUCUUAACAUACUACAAAAUAUUAGAUGCCAGAAUAUGUUUAAAAAGUUAGAAUAGAAUAUGAGGAUAAAUUGAGAACUAUAUCAUUUUAAUAGAAAUAUGAUGAUUCCAAUAAUAAAUAUAAGCAAUAUCAAAUCAAAAAUAAGAAAUUAUCAUCUAGAGCUGUUUCCACUUAUAAUCAAUCUUUUUUACCUCAAGAUAGAUUAUUCUCUCCUAAAUUAUCAUCUAAUGCUACUUAAUCAAAAAGAACUAGUCUCUAUUAAUUAGAAAAUCAUAUGGAUUAACUAAAGUAAAUAAAUUUUAUAUAGAUUUUAAUAGAGAACAAUUAUAUACAACAGAAUUGAAGAAAGAUACUAUGGAUGAAUUAUUAUUAUCUAGACCUAUGAUUAAAUCUGAAUAUGUAUUACAUAAAAAGAAAAAUGAUAAUAAACAAAAUGAAUCAGCUUAACCUAUAAAAAAUUUGAAUAAAAAGAAAUUCAAAUCAAGUAGAUUGAUUCCUCGUAUUCUAAAUAAAUAAAGUACUUAAAAUAUUCAUAUUAAAUCUGAUUCUUAAUAAAGUGAAUAAAAAAUACAUAAAAUGUAAACUAUAUAAGAUUAAAAUUUCUAAUAAUAAAAUGAUGAUUUGCAUAUGCCUACAACUGAAUCUCUUUUAUAAUAAUAAUAAUAAUAACAAUAACAAAUUAUUUAAGUUCCAUUUAUCUAAAAAAUAUAAACAGAAGUGUCUGAAUAAAAAGAAUAUAUAUACACAGAUUUACUCAAUAAAUAUACAAUGGACUAACUUAACUUAGCAGCUUCUAUCAUUUAAUCCUGUUAUAGGAAAUAUAGUAAAACUAUUAAAUAGAUUCAAUCUGUAUAAACUAUUGAAUUAACUCCCAUUAAUCUACCAAAACCAAUCAAUGUUACAUAAAUAAGUGAAAAGGUUGAAAGUUAAUAGACAGGUCGAAAUUAAAUGAAAGUUUCUGUUAAAGAUAUGAAAAAUUCUUUUAGAAGAAGAAACUUUGGAUUUGAUUCAAUAGUGAGGGAAAUCAAGAAUACUGAUUCAGAUUAAAGUAGUUCUAAUAAAGCUAAAACUGUAUAUUUAAUUGAUUUAAUUAUUAUAGUUAGUCUAAAUUAUUAAGGAAUUUUACAAUCUACCAGAAUAAGAAUUAUACUUUUUAUCUAAGUUAUUCUUUGAUUCUGAGAUUAAGAUAUGGAAAUUAUCAAAUAUUUGUGUUAGAGCCUUUAGUGAUGCUAAUGCUUAGAAUUUAGAGACAGAAGAACAAGAAUAAAUACAAAAUGAUAUUUCUCCUAGCGAAAUUUGUAUAUAUUUAUAAUGAAUUUCAAUUAGAACAUUAAUUGCAAUAUAUAAUGAAUAUAUUUGCUGAUGUUAGAUCUAUUAAAGCAUUAUAAUUAAUAGUCUAUUUUAGAUUAUCUAAUGAUAAAUAACAUUACACACUCAAUUUCAAAAUUAAUAAUUUUGCUAGUUAUUUAGAUGAAUAUUAAAGAUGGUUUUCAAAGGAUCGUCUAUAAAAUUUUAAUGGUUUAUUAAGUAUAUAUUGUAAAUAAUAAUCACUUUAUCAAUCUAAUAAAUGUAAUGUUAUUGUAUUUUAAUCAACCGAAAUUGCUUAGGAAAUAGUUAGCAAACUUUUAUAUGCUAUAAAGAAUCAUUAUUAUUUAAUUAGAUCUGUUGUUGGUUUUAAAAUAAUUACAAUGAAAGAUGUAAUAUCUAAUCAAUUACAACAUGAAAUUAUUGAUAUUAGAUCUUAUUAUAAAAAUAAAUAAAUAGAAAAAGAGAACAAAAGAUAAAUGCUUUUAAAAUAAUUAAAAAUGGAACCUAUAAAAAUUGUUGAACAUUAAAAAUAAGAAUUACCAUCAAUAUCAUCAUCUAGAAAUAAAAGAUAACUACUUUUUAAUGAUGAAAUUUAAUACUCUAGAGAAUAAAGUAUCAUUAUUUAAGAAUCAGAUGAUAAUAAAUCUGAUUAAUCAAAAAUUAUUACAUCCUAAUCACCUUCUGAUUAAAAACAUUUUUCUAAUCAUUUAUAAUCUAUUGAGAACAUUUCAGAAAAAGAUAUUAUUUAAGAAAUUCCAUUGAGAAAUCCAAAAAAAUAAUAUUCUGUAAUUCAUAAUAGAAAUACUAUGACAAGUCCUAGAUUUGAUUCUAUUAUUUCAUCUUAAGCAGUAAUUCGUAAUCCUAUUUAAAGAAAAACUCAUGGAAGUCAAUUUUUAGAAUUUUCUAGAAAAUAGAAAUUAGAUUUAAUUAAAUAAGAAGAAUUUAAUUUAGAACCUCCAAUUUCCAAAUAAAGUUUGGAUGAAUAAAUUAGAGAUAGAUCAAAUUCAGAUAUAUAAUUCCUAAAUGAUUAUCUAUCUGAAUUUCAUUUUGCCAAUUUAGCUGAUUUCGAAGAUUAUUAACCAAAAGAAGGACCUAUUCUUUCAUUUAAAAAUUAAUUUAACUAUAAAUCUACUUAUUUUCCACCUAGAGGUCUAAUAAUAUAUCCAGAACCUGAACCAUUUUUACCUGAAUAUCCAGAUUCAUUUAUAAUGUUGAAUGUUACUUUAAAGUAAGAUAAAUAAAUAAAAACUGGAUUUGUAUUAUAUGAAGAAGGUUAGGUGUAUUUGAUAAUUGAUAAUAGAGAAGGAAAUGUUCAUAAAUAAAUUUUAUAAAUAGAUCCUGGCAUUAGAUUACCUAAUCGAUAAAAGAAACUAGAAAUAUUAAAACAUCUAAUAGAUAAACCAGAUAAUUCUUAAAGACUCUCUAUAGUUCAAGAAUUGCAAUAAUAUAAUUAUAGACAUACUUUAAUAAUGUUAUAGAGAUAUGUUAGAAGAAUGAAUCAUUAUGAUGAAUACAUAUAAAAUGAAAUUCAUUAAUCAUUAUGUAGCAAUAAUAUCAUACCUUCUACUUCUAUAAAAUGUCUAAACUACUCAGAUAAAAUAGUUUCAUUACAAUUAUUACAAAAUGAUAUUAGAACUGAAACUGAAGAAGGUAUUCAAAUAAUAAUUGAAACUGGAAUCCCUCAAUCCAAUGAAGAAUUAAUUGAUAGUAAAUCCUUUCAUUGUUAUAGAUCGAAAUUUAACAUAAAUAAAAAUAAAUUUUACUAUUAUUAAACUAAUUUAAGUUUAAAAGUUGAAGUUUGUUUUAGAGAAACAAAAAUUCUAGAUACAAAACUCUUGUAUCUUAGUGAACAAUAAGCAAAGUAAGAUUUGAUUGUUCUCAAGAAAAACAUGCAUUAAUUUAUCAGUCAUUCAAAAUUAUUAGUCAAGAUUUUACUCUAUAAUCCUAAUUAAAAGUAAUAUUUUUAUAGAACUAUUGAUUCACUUUAAGAUAUAGAGAAAAUGCUUCAUAUUUUUAUUAAGCCAUAAUUGAUAGGAUAUUAAAUAAAAUCAUAAGCUAAAAUAUAAAGAAGAUUAAUAGGAAGAGCAUUAUAAUUCAAUAGAUAGGUGAUAUGUUUAGAGGAUAGGAAUAGAGAUAAAUUUAGUGCUUUAGAUUAAUUUUUAUUAAUGUACAUAAUUGAUCCUUUGUAAUUCAUAAAAAAUGAAAAUCAUAGAUUAUUAAAAUCAACAAUUCUCUUUUAUUAUUUCAAAUAAUAAUUGAAAUUGACUUUGAUAUCUUCAAGUCGUUUAAGAUAUUUCAUGAAAACAUAUUUUCAUCGUAAAACUUUUAAUGCUUAAAGUAGAGUUAGUAAUAUAGGAAAAGUUUUUGUAGAAUGCGAAGUUUAUUAAUUUAAUAAAUUUUAUUCUGAUUAAUAAAAUAAUGAUCAUACAUAUUUCUAUUUUUAAAUAACACCUUAAGAAAGUAGAACCAAAGUCUUUAAAUUAGUCUUGGACUUUGCUGAUAUUAAAAGUAUAUGUAAUAAAGUUGUAUUAUAAAACUGUUUUAAAGAUAAAGUAUUACAUCAAAUAAUUAAAAUAUUGACUGCUUAUUUAGUAUGUUAUAGAACAAAUACUUAUCAUGGAAUUAAAAUUCCUUUAUCAUAUAUUGCAAGUUAAUCUAAAUAUGAUCUUCACAAUACAUUUACUGAAGUAACAUAUGGAAGUAAUAUACUUGAAGAAUAACAAAAUGCUAGAUCUUCUCAUCCAAAAUUAUCUAUCUUAAUAAGUGAUCCAAUGCUUAGAAAAAAGUCUUAAGCUUAGAUUAUGGAUGUAUAAAUUGAUAAUUUAUAAAUGCCUGAAGAAGCAAAUAAAGUAUUAAAAAAUACUACUAUGUUAACUCCUAUUUUUAGAGGAUAGAAGUUUAUUUAUAAAACAACUAAAAUUGUAAAUAAUAUGUAUGUAAUUAUCACUAUAUCUUAUUUAUCUCUCAAUAAAUUUUAAAUAGGAUUAUAUAUACCAUAAACUUGUAGGAAUUUUAGUUGUUAUAUAUCAUCAAAUGAUUUUCAAAAUAUGAAUCCUGUAUUUUUAGAAUCAAUAUUCCCAUCUAAUUUAGUUACCAAAGAAACUAUUGAUUAAUUUUAUAUAAAUAGAUGGAAAUUUUCAGAAAUGAACAAAAUAUUUGAAAUGGCAGUCAAUCAUCCUGAUGAAUUUGAAGAUUUUUAUAGUGAAAUGCGUAGUUAAGCUAGAGCUAUUCCAUAAUCAGAAUUAUAAAAACUAACUGAAAGUAGAGUUUCUAUAAAUAAUGAAGAUGAAUUUUUAGAAAAAUAAUAUGAUGAGACUCCUAAAUUACUUGAAUCAUUUAGUGAUCAAAGUAGAUAAAAUGCUAGAUCAUCAACUUAACCACCUAUUUUUGUUAAAAAAUAAUUCUCUAAGUAAUUUUCAGUAUAAAAUUCUAUUGGUCAAUCAAAUCCUUAGAGAUUAUCAUUACCAACAUCAUAAUUUUAAUAGAAAACAGAUAAAAGUCUUUUUUAUAGAAAUAGUCCUAGAGUAUCAAAUUAAUGUAGUAUGGAAAAUUUGUAUUAAAGUGAUAAAGAUUUAUUUUUUAAUUAAAUACUUGUUAGAAAAAACAAUCUUGAUAUGAUUUCAACCUUUGAAAUUAAAAUUUGGGAAUCACUUAUUGAUAAAGUAUAAAUUACUAAGAAUUCUUAAAAUCGAUUUAUUUUAAAUUUAGAUACUUUUAAAGGAGUCUUACGAGAAAAUCUAUAUACAUAAGUAGUAUAUUUAGGUAAUGAAGUUAAUGCCUUAUUUGAAGUAUUUGUUGAAAAUAUCAGAAAACCAUUUAACAUGUUAAAACCUUAUAUGCCUAUAAGAUUAAAUGAGAGUUAGAAUUAUUAAUUAUAUUAAAGAAUCACACUUUUUGAACAACCUCAGAUUGUCAAUUUUAAAUUAAUGCUAAGAAAAGUAUUAUACAGUUAUUAUAAUGAUGAAAGGAGGAAUCUAUAGAAUUUAAAAUUGAAUGAUUGUAGUGUAGAUUAAUAUGAAUUCAUAGAAUCAGAUAUUUAGAAAUGUUCAGUAUACAUGUUAAACAAAUUAAAAAAAUAACUAAAAUUGAAUCCAUCUAAGUUUAUUGUUUAAGAAGUAUAAGGAGAUGAAAAAUGUCCAUAAGUAAUUAAAGUCAAUGCAAAUUAUGAAUAAUAUUCUUCAUUCAAAGUAUUAAAUAUUUAUUAUUAUUAGUGUUAUUAAUAUACAUUGUUAAAAAGGAUGGUAUUUACAAUGAGACCAACUUUAAUAUAUGUGUCAAUAUUUUAUUAAGAAAAGAGGAAAAAGUUUUGGUUAUAUUUCGAAAGUAUGAAAAAUUGUAAAAAUACAACUGUCAAAUAUAAUUUAAAGGAUAUUUAGCAUUGUAUUCCUAAUGCAAUUGGUUUAUUAAAUUUGGGUUUACAUUAGGAAUUAGGGAAUAGAAUAUAUCGAAGUUUUAAAAACAGACUUUUGGUCUCCACACAUCAGUAAUUGUUAUGA